CAAGCAGCCCCUCCAACACCCUGUCCCCGCCCGCCGCCCUCGCUCUCGCCGGAGAGCGCGAAAUGAAGGCGCCCGCCUAGACGACUUAUCAUGAGCGCGUCAGAUGGCGGCGGCAGCAACAACAAGAAGAGCCAGGGUAUCCUUUUUUACCACCCUUCGCGCAACGUCACUCUCCUGGCCAAACGACGCCGCACAGAAAUCAGCGCCGCGAGCGCUUCCCUACUCAGCACGUUCGCCGCAUUCCCGCUUGAUUUCACCAAAUCGCGGAUGCAAUCGUACAACACGGGAUUCGGGCACACAGUAAAAGAUGCAUACAAGGCUGAAGGUAUGCGCGCCUUCUGGCGCGGAGUCGGGGCUCCGCUGGCGUCCAUUCUUGUUGUCAGGACGCUCUCGAUGAGCAUCUACCAAAAGAGCAAGUAUUUCUUCGACAGAAUCAUCCACGACAUCACUGGAGAGAGCCCAUUGGUCACAGCUAAUGCUGCUGGAGCGUACCCAACAAUUUGGACCAUGCUGAACUUUGGUGCAGCUGGCGGUGUGGCUGGAGCCGCAGUCACAAUCAUCUCUUGUCCCUUUGAGCUAACCAAGCUUAAUGAGCAGUUGGCUGGCAAAGAGGCGAGGAACAAGGCUGAAUCGGGUCGCGGUCAGCAUGCUACACACAACGGCGUCGGCGGCCAGAAGCCUGGAAUGGUUGCGCGCUUCUUCAGGACUGGCAGCUUUGCCACUGCGUCGCGCCUGGUGAAAGAUCGCGGUUUCGUUGGCUUGUACUCUGGCUACCGUCUGCACCUGAUGAGGGACACCCUGGGAACCGCAAUCUACUUCGCCACGUAUGAGAGUGUGAAGCAGUUCAUGGGCAACGCGAGAGGUCUCAGUGCUACCUCGCCUGGAGCCGUGUUGUUGGGUGGAGGAGCUUGCGGCGUUCUGAGCUGGGUCAUAGUCUACCCCAUCGACGUCGCGAAGACCAUCUACCAGAAGAAUGCGCUCACCGCCGGAAGUGGCUACGCCGCUCGACCCAAGAUCAAAUACUUCGGAGGCAACUACCGCGGACUGGGAGUGUCGCUGGGAAGAACCUGUAUUAUCAAUAUGAUCUUCUUCAGCACCUUUGAGUUCAUGAAGAAGGAAAUCAAUGCUUUGGAUCUCGAUUAAAGGGCAAGCAGAGAAGGGCAAGCAGAGAAGGGCAAGCAGAGAAGGGCAAGCAGAGAAGGGCAAGCAGAGAAGCAUGGAUCGAAGAGAGAGGAACACACACACACAAGGGAGCGGGACGUGCACAUCCCAGUUGCAUGAGAGGAUACUUCAACACAGGGGAGUUCACAUUCGUAAGGCGUUUGAGCGUGGAGUAGGGAUCAUGGAGGCGUUAGCGUGUCAUUGCUGGUCGAGCAUAUAGCUCCUGGCAUACGAAUUCACAUAUGGGCGGGCAAGGUCUAGAGCUGAGACUGCAUUGAACCACUGUAGUUACCCACGGCUGCGAUGAUGGCAAUUGCAUGUAACGAGAGCGAGAGGGAGGCCAAGCCCCAGAGUGCUGAGAGAUAGCACAAUCGUGAACAAACAUUAACC